GGCUGAUACGGCCAAGAAGCUUGGGGCGCUUGAACCACAGUGGUCAGAUCUUAGCACCAGAGCUGAAAAUGGCAGCCAGCGUCAUACAGAACCUGAGCAAAUUUCGGCUGCCUGCAGCCUUCCAGCAUUCAUUCCUGCCUGCCAUGGCCUUCCAGGAGAUGGUUUUCCAAGAUUCAUCUGAGGAGGAAGAAAUGGAGGGGGAUGAGGAAGAAGAAGAAGAGGAAAGAGAAGAGAUGGCGUUGGAAGACAGUCCUCAAAGCCUCAGUCCAGGUCAAGGGGAAUGGGUGGACUCAGAUGAGCCCAGCUUGAGCAACGUCAACAUGACACUGCAGCUCCUCCAGUUCGCAGAACGCAUCAAUGGUGACAUCCAGAGGUAUUUUGGCAGGAAGGGCAAAGAUGAAGACGGGGAGCUUCCCAACAUCUAUGACAACCAUGGCUCCCCGCGGCUGUCAGGACGGGUCUUGUACUAUGCGGACUUGGUCAGGAUUUCUCAGAGCGGGGAGCCGGAGGAAGGGGAUGACUUUUCAGGUGCUCCGAAGACCCUGGCGCAACUGGAUUCGCCACUGUGGAGGUGCCUCUGCGGCAAAGAUGGGGCAGGGAAGCUGGGACCUCUGGCUGAGCUCUUUGAAUACGGCUUGUGCAGGUACAUGGAGCAUUGCGCCUCCUCCGAAGGCAGGAACUCGCGGGUGGAAAGGAAGUAUGCCCACGUCACCUCCAUGCAAAGCAGGAAGCUUCCCCAAUCCUUUUGGAAAGAGCCAUCUCACAGCCCCAUAGGUAUCCUCAAUAGCAACCCACCAGAUUUCAGCGACCUUCUGGCCAACUGGACAUCAGAAACCAGUCAGGAGGAACUCCUAGCCAGCCGAGAGCUUGCGAGCGACAUUCACCAACGAGCAGUGGACACAGACCAUUUCAGUGGUGUAUGAAGGUUUGACAGUGCUUAAAGUGGAGUGUUAAGGAGGGACGGGGCAGACCCAGUUCAAAUCCCCUUUCUGCCCCAAAAUCCCUGGAGCCCAUACGCUAACUCUUGGCAUGACCUACCUCACAGGGUUGUUGUGAGGAUGAAAAAGAGCAGGGAGAACCAUGUACCUGAAACACGGUUCUAUGAAAUAUUUCA